CUCCCAGUUUAUUUUUGCUUAGUUAGUGGAACAUAUAUAUGACAGAAUACACCCUAAAAGUCUAAAAGGCAUCUCCUACUCCAAAUGGUUCUGCAAAUGCUGUCUCUAAUCAUCAAACUCUUAUUAGUGCUGCAAAUAAUAGAACUAACAACGACAGCUCUGUCAGUAAAACGCCACUGCCAAUCAGCCAAAUGCGGAGGCGUCGAUAUCCAAUACCCUUUCGGUACUCGGUUCGAGUGUUCAAUGAACAUCUGGUUCUUGAUUAACUGUUCCGGUGAAAGACCUAUCUUAAGCAGCAUCGGCUUAGAAGUAAUCAAAAUUGAGUAUUCAAACAGCCGAUUACUCGUUAAGAGUCCAUUAAUUUCGAAUAACUGCUCCGAUCACAAAAGCGGACAAAAUGUCACUUUUAGAGGGACGCCGUUCACUUUCUCCGGUUUCAACAGAUUCGUGGUAGUAGGCUGCAACGGCAGCGCUUUGUUGACUCAUGCUGAACCGAGUAUUAUCGGUUGCCAACCGACUUGCAGUAACAAGCGUGUAGCACGUGAAGAAGAAGCAUCUCCUUGCGUCGGCAACAUGUGCUGCCAAACGUCUAUACCUUAUUUUCUUCAAGUAUUUAGUCCAAGAUUUCAGGAAGUCGGAGAAGGAGAAAAUAGUUGCAUGAUUACUUUCAUUGCAGAAGAGACAUGGAUGAAGGACAAUGUUAAAGAUCCCAAUAGAGUUCAAGAAUGGGAAUAUGUUCAUGUUCUUCUGGAUUGGAAGAUUAAUGCUUCUGAUUUGGGAUGGUUAGGAAUUGAUGGGGAAACUACGGAUGUUUUUACUGAUUACUACGACGGAAUUGAUUUUCCUUACCCUAAAAAUACAUUCUUGAUGUGUCGUGGUGGCUUCACCGGCAACCCUUAUCUUCCUGAAGGAUGUAUCGAUGUUAACGAAUGCUUGGAACCAAAAGUGCAUAGACAGUGCCGUGGAUUCUGUACAAAUACACGGGGCUCCUAUAAGUGCAUGGGUGGGAUAAUUAUUAUAGCUACUAGUGGAGGCUUCAUACUGUUGAUUCUUGGUAUUUUGAUAUGGUGGUUAUCUAAAUUUAUAAAGAAAAGAAAAGAAAUAAACCAGAAAAGAAAAUUUUUCAAGCAAAAUGGCGGUUUGCUGUUGCGCCACCAACAAACUGGCUCAAGUGUAGAGAAGAUCAAAAUAUUCACAUCUAGGGAGUUAGAAAAGGCAACGGAUCAUUUCAAUGUGAAUAGAAUUCUCGGACAGGGUGGUCAAGGCACUGUCUAUAAAGGAAUGUUGGUCGAUGGAAGAAUUGUUGCAGUAAAAAAAUCUGAGAAAGUAAGUGAAGCAAAAAUUCAAGAAUUUAGUAAUGAAGUGUUCAUUCUUUCACAGAUUAACCAUAGAAAUGUCGUAAAGCUUCUCGGGUGUUGUUUGGAGACAGAGGUUCCUCUUCUUGUCUAUGAAUUCAUUCCUAAUGGAACUCUUUACCAUUACCUUCAUGAAAACAAUGAAGAGUUUCAGUUAUCGUGGAAGAUGCGGUUCCAGAUCGCAACGGAAGUUUCAGAAGUACUUUUCUACUUGCAUUCUGCAGCAUCUUUACCUAUUUAUCAUCGCGAUAUUAAGUCGACAAAUAUACUUUUAGAUGAGAUGUACAGAGCAAAAGUAUCUGAUUUUGGAAUUUCAAGAUCUAUCGAAGUUGAUCAAACUCAUUUGACUACUCAUGUACUAGGCACUUUUGGAUAUGUAGAUCCAGAGUACUUUCAAUCAAGAAAGUUUACAGAAAAGAGUGAUGUUUAUAGCUUCGGGGUAGUGCUCGUCGAGCUCUUAACAGGAACAAAACCAGUUUCUUCAACAAGAGUGCAAGAAGGUGUUGGAUUAGCUGCACAUUUCAUUCGAUCAAUGCAAGAUGAAAAGCUCUUAGACGUAAUUGAUCCUCGUAUUAAGGAUCAAUGUGAUAUGGAACAAGUUAUGAUAGUCGCUAACCUUGCGAGACAAUGCUUGAACCCAAAUGGCAAGCAUCGACCCACAAUGAAAGAACUGACAAUACAGUUGGAAGGGAUUAGAAUGUCUCAAAAGGAUUCGAUUGUUCAAACAAACAAUACUAGUGACAUAGAAUCUGAACCUUCAGAAGAUUCCUACAGUUCAAGGAUCUCAAGUUCUGCUAGCCCUCGAGCUCCAGAUGUAUAAUCUAGCUGUCCUGAAACAUUAAAUGAAUUGUACAAAGCAUCUAACCACUAAGCUCUGACAGAGUGAAAUUAGACUUGCCUGGAACCAAAUGAAACUAUGGAGUUGAUUUCAUUUGCAAAUUAAAUUUCAUAGCAACCGGGACUGGAUUCCCGUAUCACUGUCAACUUCAAGACAUGCCACCUAAACAUCCACGAAUUACUCUUAAUUUUGAAGUACGGCUAUGAUGCUAAACAAAUUAGACAACAAAAAUCAUUUAUCCAAAAUAAAAAUAAUGUAGUUGUAUUCUAAGUUACUUGUUUGAUGUAAAUCCUACAUGGCAAAAAUAUUC